AUGCGGAUAAAGUCAUCGCCACGGCAAUGCAAGAGGCUGCGCCCUCCAAGUUCAGGUCUACCCUUACUCGCCACUAGGCGCGGCGUACAUUCGGAGGCAACCUUUCGCCUGAGAUGCGAACGACUCCAGGGUCAGGAGAAAGAGUUUCAAGCUUGGCGAUGCAGUGGAGCAGGCGGCACUGAUGGAAGCUGGAACACGUGGGUUGCGUUGAAGAGAGGCGAGUCUCGCAACUCUGCGGCCAGUGGCUACACCGAGGCAGGAAGUGGAACCCAUGGCAAUGAGCAAGUCAACAAGGAGAAGUGA